GAAAAUACAUUUUAAUCAUGUGUUGGGCCUAUAAUUUAUUUUUGUUCAGGACUCCAAAAAAGACUAGACGACUCUUGAUGAUUCUUAGCGAGUAUUUUAAAAUCUCUAUCCACUUUGUAGUAUAAUGACCUCAGUCUCAGUUGUAUAUAUAAUCCAUUUUUGUGAUCUUCAUCAUCAUAUACACAACAUUCACCAUAAUAGCAAUCUCUACAUCUUUGAAUUUCAAGCAAUGAAAAGUGCUAUGGAGGUGAAUUAUUCUCACUUCAAUUAUUUUCUUCUUGUCUUAAUCUUGAAUCUUCUUCUAUCAUCCUCUAUUAAUGUUAUAGCUAAAACUAAUCUAGCUACCGAUCAAUCCGCACUUUUUGCCUUGAAAUCUCACAUCUCUGUCGACCCUUAUAGAACACUCAACAAUUGGACCAUUACAUCUUCUGUCUGCAAUUGGUUUGGUGUCACUUGUGGAAUCCGCCAUCAUCGAGUAAUAGGAUUGAAUAUUUCUUUCCUAGGCCUUUCUGGAAGUAUUCCUCCCGAACUCGGGAAUCUAUCAUUCCUUGUUUCACUUGACAUCAAACAAAACAACUUUAAUGGGAUUCUUCCAAUAGAAUUAGCUCGUUUGCGAAGAUUGAGUUAUAUCAGACUGAGUUACAACAAAUUUGACAGGGAAGUUCCUUCUUGGCUUUCUUCAUUUCCUAGUCUUAAAUACUUAUCUAUUGCGUAUAACAAUUUUACAAGCUUGAAUUCAUUUAUCCAAUCAUUUUCAAAUGAAUCAAAGCUUGAGUCAUUGAUCUUAUCUUUCAAUCCUUUUCAAAGUGAAAUUCCAAAUUCAAUAGGCAAUCUUCAUAAUCUCAAAGUACUUGCCAUGGAAAGCAAUGGCUUUUCAGGGUCUAUCUCUUCUUCCAUCAUGAAUUUGACAAAUUUGGAAUCUUUGUGGUUGUCAAACAACAACAUUAGUGGGAUGAUACCACAAGAAAUUGAGAAUUUAAAGAUACUUAAAUUGCUCGAACUUAGGAACAACACAUUAACAGGACGAAUUCCACUGUCAAUCAAGAACUUGACAAAUUUAGAGGUAUUGGAUUUGCAAGGAAAUGCUCUUGAAGGGACGAUACCAGACAUUAUCGGGAGCCUUCAGAACUUGCAUUAUAUGUCCAUGCAUGAAAACAAGCUUUCUGGUUUUAUACCUUCAAGCAUCUUCAACGUAUCAACGCUUGAAGAAUUAUUCCUCUCCAAAAAUAACUUAUCCGGUACUCUCCCGAGUAACAUAUGUCUUGGACUUCCACGACUGAAACAGUUUUAUAUAGAAGAAAAUAUGAUACAAGGACGAAUUCCAUCAAACUUUUCUUCAUGCCUUCAACUUCAAGAAUUAAGAUUGCUUGGUAACAAUUUUACUGGCAACAUACCAGAAGAUAUUGGAAGGUUACAAUGGCUUCAAGUGCUGUCUCUUGCCAAGAACUCCUUAACAGGCUCUAUACCACAAAGUAUUUUCAACUUAUCUACCCUUCAGAGCAUGAUUUUCGGGGGUAAUCGUUUGUCUGGUACUCUUCCACAAGACAUGUGCCUUGGACUUCCCAUGCUCAGUCUGGUUUAUUUAAAUUAUAAUAUGAUUCAUGGAGGUAUUCCAUCAAAUUUUUCUUCAUGCCCUCACCUUAAUGUCCUAGAAUUGGGGAAUAACAACUUAACAGGAUCCAUUCCACAAGAUAUCAAGAACACAAACAUACUUCAAUCAUUGAGUUUAGAAGAAAACAUGUUAACAGGUACAAUACCGUCUUCCAUUGGAAAUCUAUGGAGUCUUACAGGUCUGCUACUUGACUCCAACACGCUGACGGGGGUGGUUCCAGCAUCCAUAUGCAACUUGAGCUCAAUUGGAGUUCUCGAUUUAUCAUCUAACAGUUUGGAAGGAACACUGCCAAAUUGUUUAUGGAAUUUCAGUGAGGCUCUGAAGGUUCUGAAGUUGUCGGAAAAUCACUUUCAUGGCCCCAUCCCAACAACAUUUAGCAAUGGUUGUGCAUUGCAGUAUCUUAGCUUGAGCUACAAUCGACUGGAAGGAACCUUGCCUAAAUCCUUGGCCAAUUGCGCACAAUUACAGGCUUUAGAUAUUGGAUACAAUGGCAUGCAAGACACUUUUCCUAUUUGGUUGGAAACUCUUCCGAAGCUUGGAAUUCUUAUUUUAAGUUCCAACAGAUUUUACGGCACAAUACCUGAUUCAGAGAGGAAGAUUUCAUUUCCUAUGUUGAGAAUUUUGGACAUCUCCAACAACGAUUUCAUUGGCUACUUGCCACUUACUUGUUUAAAGCAUUUUGGUGAGGUAUUGGAUGCAGAGAGAGAAACGCAAGUCUAUUUUGAUGUCAACUAUCAUAUAGGCCCUAUAUGCAUGUGUGGUUCUAUCUCAGAAAUUGUUACUUUGAAAGGUUUGCCGACAAACUAUGCUAGGAUACAAACAACAUUCACUAUGAUUGAUUUUUCUAGAAACAAGUUCCAUGGAAACAUUCCGGAUUCCUUUGGAAAUCUUAGAGCUCUUCGCCACUUAAAUUUGUCUCACAACAAUCUCACAGGCCAUAUCCCUCAAACUCUGGGGUCUCUAACAAUUCUGGAAGCAUUGGACUUGUCGUGGAAUGGCUUGGAAGGGGAGAUUCCGGUGCAGCUGACAAACCUAUCAUAUCUAUCCACGUUUCGUGUAGCACACAACAAUCUUUCAGGACAUAUACCUCAUUCUGGUAGCCAGUUUGAUACAUAUGAGAAUAGUUCAUAUAUUGGAAAUUCGGAGCUGUGUGGAUAUCCAUUGACUAAGACAUGUGAGGACGAAAAUGAGUUGCCUUCACAAGAAGAUGGCGAGGAUGAAGCUGGGGGCAUAUUUGAUGGACUUACUUGGCAAGGUGUUGUUAUGGGCUACGGAUUUGGAUUAUUCGUCGGAGUUGUCAUCGGGGUUAUAUUCUUGUAGUUAAAAUAAAUGCUACUGUAUUGUGUGCUUUAUCAGUUUUCUACUAUAUAAUCUUCGGAUGUGUAAUAAUAAGAUGUGAUAUAUAGUCUGGGGUUAAAGGUGUAGAGAAUUAUUACAUGUCAGAAGGAAACUGGAUUAAUCUCUUAAAUUCCUAAACAAAAAAUAUAACUAAGGUAAAAGCAAAUGACGAAAAUAUACCACAAAAUAGAUCUUUUCGUCGUUAGAAAGCAAAGUCCAGCAACAUACUAGAAAUAAAAAACAUGUCACUCAAUGUAACCAUCUGAAUGAUAAAAAUGUGUUGUUUAUUCUGAUCAUUUACAUUUA